AUGCUGCCUCAGACUCGGGCGCGCAUGCCCGCCGCUCUCCGGAGCUUGACCCGGUCCACCGCGACUGCUCGGACUCUGUCGACCACCAUUCCCCGUUUCCAGAAUGACAAGGCCCUCAACAAGGUCUCGCGCCACAUCACCCAGCCCAAGUCCCAGGGUGCUUCCCAGGCCAUGCUAUACGCCGUCGGUCUCAAGGAGGAGGACAUGAACAAGGCCCAGGUCGGAAUUUCGUCAGUGUGGUUCAACGGUAACCCUUGUAAUAUGCACUUGCUCGACCUGAACAACAAGGUUCGCCAGGGUGUGCAGGACCAGGACUUGAUUGGUUUCCAGUUCAACACCGUCGGUGUCAGUGAUGCUAUCAGUAUGGGUACCUCCGGUAUGCGUUACUCUCUGCAGAGUCGUGACCUGAUUGCCGAUUCCGUCGAGACCGUCAUGGGUGGACAGUGGUAUGAUGCCAACAUCAGUAUCCCCGGUUGUGACAAGAACAUGCCCGGUGUCCUGAUGGCCAUGGGCCGUGUCAACCGCCCCAGUCUGAUGGUCUACGGUGGUAGUAUCAAGCCCGGUUGCGCCGCUACCCAGAACAACGCCGAUAUCGAUAUCGUUUCCGCUUUCCAGGCCUACGGUCAAUUUAUCACCAAGGAGAUCACCGAGCCCCAGCGCUUCGACGUCAUCCGUCACGCCUGCCCUGGUGAAGGUGCCUGUGGUGGUAUGUACACUGCCAACACCAUGGCCUCCGCCAUUGAGACCAUGGGUAUGACUCUCCCCGGUUCUUCCUCCAACCCUGCCAACUCUCAGGCAAAGUACCUCGAGUGUCUCGCUGCCGGUGGUGCCAUCAAGAAGCUGCUCGCCGAGGACAUCCGCCCUCGCGACAUCCUGACCCGCCAGGCCUUCGAAAACGCCAUGGUUGUUGUCAAUAUCACCGGUGGAUCUACCAACGCUGUGCUGCACUUGAUUGCCAUUGCCGACUCCGUUGGCAUCAAGCUCACCAUCGACGACUUCCAGGCCGUGUCUGACCGCAUUCCCUUCCUGGCUGACCUCAAGCCCUCCGGCAAGUACGUCAUGGCUGACCUCCACGCCAUUGGUGGUACCCCUGCUCUCCUGAAGCUCCUCCUCAAGGAAGGUCUCAUUGAUGGUUCCGGUAUGACCGUUACUGGUGAGACCAUGGCCCAGAAUCUCGAGAAGCUGCCCGGCUUCCCCGAUGACCAGAAGAUCAUCCGUCCCUUCUCCAACCCCAUCAAGGAGACUGGUCACAUUCAGAUUCUCCGUGGAUCUCUCGCCCCUGGCGGUAGUGUCGGAAAGAUCACCGGUAAGGAGGGUAUGUCCUUCACCGGAAAGGCCCGUGUCUUCGACAGCGAGGACGACUUCAUCGCUGCUCUUGAGCGCGAGGAGAUCAAAAAGGAUGAGAAGACCGUUGUUGUCAUCCGCUACUGCGGCCCCAAGGGUGGCCCCGGUAUGCCCGAGAUGCUCAAGCCCUCAUCCGCCCUCAUGGGUGCCGGUCUCGGUAACUCCGCUGCCCUCAUUACCGACGGUCGCUUCUCUGGUGGCUCUCACGGUUUCCUCAUUGGACACAUUGUGCCCGAAGCCGCGGUCGGCGGUCCUAUCGGUCUUGUCAACGACGGUGACAUUAUCACCAUUGAUGCUAACAAGCGAAUCCUGGAUGUCGAGCUCUCCGAGACCGAGAUCGCUGAGCGCCGCAAGAAGUGGGAGGCCCGCAAGGCUGCUGGCGACCUCCCUGAGACUGGUCUCACCAUGCGCGGUACCCUUGGCAAAUAUGCUAGAACCGUUCGCGAUGCCAGCCAAGGCUGUAUCACCGAUGCUGUUGAUGUAGAGUAA